UUUCUUUCACAGCAGAUUGUUCCCUUUCGUUCACUGCGAUUUCUACCCUUCUCCUUCAUCUUCUCACUGCGAUUUUUAGUCUUCUAUUCUUCUUCUUCAUCCUCUCACUGAACGAGUGGCGGGAAUCGUUCCAGCGGCGGCGAUCUAUUACUAGCGGUGGAAAUCGCAGCAGCUUGGUGUUUCAGAUCAAUCGUUAUUUUCGUUUUUGAACUCCCAGAUGUUUUGUUUGAGAAUCAGAAAAGGGACGAAUAGCAUGUUUUGACUCCCAGAUUUUUGUUUCAGAUCGAUCGAUUUUGAAAGAAGAAAAGAUGAGCUUGAUUUCUGUCAGAUUUGUCAAUUAUUUAAGAGUAAAAGCUCCCGCAAUAUCGCCGUCUACACUUGGCAUGCAAAAGAAUAUGAAGAUGUGGCACUCAAUCAUGUCAUUCGAUAAAGGUGGCAACUUUGAUGAUGGUGGUGGAGAAAACAAUGCAGACCUAGAGGAUAAUGAUUUUAUUCCUUAUAAACAGGAUUUAGAACCACAAGGUGUGGAUCCUAAAAGAGGUUGGGAUUUCAGAGGGGUACACAAGGCAAUUAUUUGUGGAAAACUUGGACAAGCUCCUGUUCAAAAAAUUUUGAGGAAUGGAAAGACUGUGACCAUCUUUACAGUUGGAACUGGGGGCAUGUAUGACCAGAGAAUGGUAAAAGCAGACAACUUGCCAAAACCAGCUCAGUGGCAUCGAAUUGCUGUGCAUAAUGAACAACUUGGGGCAUAUUCUGUUCAAAAACUAGUUAAGAACUCUCCAGUUUUUGUUGAAGGUGACAUUGAAACUAGAGUUUACAAUGACAGCAUCAGUGGUCAAGUAAAAAACAUUCCUGAGAUUUGUGUGCGUCGUGAUGGAAAGGUACGUUUGAUCAAAACAGGAGAAGAUGUUGGGAAUAUCUCCCUUGAUGAUCUGAAGGAUGGAUUAUUCUAGCAAGAGCAGAAUAGGAGAUUAUGGAGAGCUUAUUCUUGUGAAAUUAAGAAUGGUUUUUUGGCUGCAGCAAAACUAAUUAGGGGUUGAAACAUAAAAGUUUUGUAAGAAUAUUGUUUUAGUUGGUUGGUUCUGAAACAUUGGUUUUUCAACCGUGUGAGUGCCAAGCUAGUAUGCAAUUGUCACGUAGUGGAAGUUCUGGUACUUGUGGGGUUCUAUACCAAUCUCACGAUUCCUGAUGAUGUGAUUACCCAGGUAAGCAUUGCAUAGGAUCUUGUGUCAUGGUAGGCAGCUGUUGAUAGAAACCUUAGAUUUUCCAUUACUGAUGAUAAAUUUUGAUGAGCAUGGCCUAAAGUUACUUUGUUUA